AUGCCUCCUCCCGCUCCCUUCCCCAAUAGCCCCUCGAACCCGCGCAAACCUCUCGAGAGCCAGACAAACGCGGGCAGUGAUAUGUCCGUGAUGCUUUUCGUCCAGCCAGAUUGCCCGUCCAAGUUUGCCUAUCAGGACCAGCAUCGCAUUAACGGGCUCAACGCAGAGGCAUUGGCGAGGGUCUUCCUACCUGCCCCACCCUGGAUUCUGACCCCCGAGUAUGCGCAACUUCGGUCGGACCCCGGCAACCCCUCCGCCUGCAUCUUCUUUAGCACCAACCUUUCUAUCUAUAAUAAACAAGUCGUUGCAUCAGAAUGGACCGAGCAAUGGUUCUUUAUGAACGGUCGUGUUUACCCGUACACCCUGACCUGGGAGAUUGAACAGCGAGAUGGUCUAGAGUUAGAUACUGGCGCUAUCACACAAUACACCAUUCCGGCUCUUAUCAUCCGUGAUCAGGGCUACCAGCCCAUUCUCCCCCGAAACUUUGCCUCCGUAGACCACUUCCCCGCUGUCCCUCCCGUUGUCGCGUUCACUGGCCCUGUUGUCGGUUCCGGCCGCAUAUUGCUACGAAAGGAGUCUAUUCCAGGACUCGACGGCGUCCAGUUGAAGUGCUGUGGCUUCGUCCAACUUUCUACGUUCAUUGCUCCUGGAAAGCCUGAUAAGACUCCCUUCAAAGGCUUCCAUCCAUUCCAGGUCUUUGUUAUCUUCCCCAUCCACGCUAAUCCUUGGGCAGCCCUGUGCAAGAAAAUGGUCGAGAGACAGGACACCUAG